AUGCCUUGUAUUCAGCAGGUAAGGCAGAGACAUCAGCGGCAUCGCGGUCUUUUUGCAGCCAUUGCUAUUCCGGAUGGAAAGUGGCACAUUGUCACCAAUGGACUUCGUUAUGCUACCUCGGAGUCACUAGACAAAAUGACGCUGUUUGGUGAUCGUAGUAUCGACUUACCAAUCGCUCAUUCAUUCCCUUCCGAUGGACACGCGACAGAGCAUCUUGCUCAAAAUACAGGAAGUGAUGAGAGAUCAGCUGCUUUAUUUGAUGCAGUCAGGACAUUCGGGACGACUUCAAAGCAUUGGCAGAUUCACGCGGCAUUUGGAAUUUCAGCCAGGAAUCAUGUAUCUGAGGAUUCCCACCUGGGUACCAUCGGUUCGGAAGGCGAGGAAGUUGAGUCCGCAGAUAAUGUGGGACCUUUCGAUAUAGAGAGAGUAGGAGAAGUGGCGUAUCCGACUUGCAUUCCCACCCGCCCUGGAUGGAGUGGCAUACUAUUCCAACACGUUCUCUCAGUUCGGAAUAUCGGAGAUUCGGGGGACGAUGAUGAUAAGGAGCCUGAAGACUCCCACGUGAUUCAGAGCAGGACACCAGCAGCUCCGGCCCGGAAUGUCGAGCGUCCCCCUCCGAGGCAGCAGCAGCAGGGCCCGCAGAGACAGCAACACUCUCAGCGUCAGCCAUUCCCUCAGAAUCACCCUUAUCAGCGCCCGGGAGUGCAGACUCGCGGCCAACCUUCGGUGAGGUGUUCCUAUUGCAGCUACCCUGGUCAUACUCUGCAGGAUUGCCCCAGGCGUCUUCACCUAUGCUUUAGCUGUGGGUCCCCCGAUCAUAUCAGUCGAGACUGUCCUCAGAAACAGCAGGCCCGGUUGCCCACACCUCCAGUUCGAACAACUCUUCUAGCUCCGCCUCGACCAGCCCCGGCAGCACAGCCUCAGCACAGAUCCUAUCCUCGAGCAGGGCCUCUUCCUCCACAGCAGCAGCGUUAUCAGGAAGCACACCGGCAGCAACCUCAGCGACAGACGUUCAUGAUGUCAGCCGUAGAAGCUGAGGCGAACGAUCGAGUUAUCACUGACUUAGGAAACGAACAGGUUCAGUUCGAUGAUGCCGCCGAGCCAGUGUAUGCUCAGCCGGAAUGUCCUUCUGAUGGAGUGGAAGAACAAACUGAAGCCUAGACGCAUUUUCUUUUCUGUAGUAGCUAAUAGAGCACUCUUGCAGUAUUUUCUUUAGUUUGGUGACAGAUUUGGUUAUUUUGUUAGUAUUUCCUUUUAUGGACUAUGUAUUUCUUAUUUCCUAGUUGAACUGUUGUUGUAGUAAGGGUAUGAUGAACCCAUAUUUAUGUCUGGGAUGAUUCACUAUGGAUGAUAUGUUUAUUUCUUA